AUGGUGAACACCGUUAUGGCAGCUGUUCUGGGGUAUGGAGCGAGUUGUGUCUCUACCUUCGUUCUGUAUCCCUACCGGGACUACACAAAAAUCUUUCGUGUGAAUCCGUUUACUCGUCUGGAUCCAAUUCAAUACGCGCUGGUGCGGUACAAGGGGAUGAUUUUAAAUCCAUCACAACCUUUAAUUCUGGCGUUGCCCUGGGGCCUUCUCUAUGGUGGGUUUGCUUUUGGAUCGGGUGGCGUGACAGGGGCGCUCGUCGCUGGAACUUUUCAUGGCAUGAGCAAGGUAACUGUUCGAACCAUUGCUCGUCGUGUUGGGGGUCCGCGUAGCAGAUACGAUGCAAUGGUCUAUAAAUCUUUCUUUCACUGCCUGCGGGAGAGCACCAUGCAGUAUGGAAUAUUUUCGUUUUUUUCCGGGGUAUCCGCUACUAUCCUUAUUUCAACUGUGUGGCACGGCGCCUCUCUGGUUGCACUGCAGCGUUCGAGGCAUGAUGGUUUUUUUUGA